AUGUCUUCUCACAAGACUUUCAGGAUCAAGCAAUUCCUGGUCAAAAAAAAGGAGAAUUAUCCCAUUCCUCAGUGGAUUUGGUUGAAAACUGGUAAUAAAAUCAGGUACAACUCCAAGAGGAGAUAUUGGAGAAGAGCCAAGCUGGGUCUAUAAGGAAUGCACAUGAGAUGGUACACAUAUUUAUGCUGAAUCAAGGUCAUUUGCAUCUUACC